CCGGGCAGCGCCAUGGAGGAGCCGGCUCUGGCGCCCUCGCCGCCGCCGCACAGUGCAGCCAGCGCCGCCGCCGCGCGCCCUCGCCGCCAGCGCCGCCGCCGCCCCUGACCUCCGGCCGGCCGCACACCAUGGCCUGGCCCGGCCCGCGCCCCGCCGGGGGCGCCCAGGCGGCCUUGCUGGUUCUCACGGGCUGGCUCUUGCUCUCUCCCCCGCUGGGCGCAGGCAAGAAGAGGCUGCACAUCGGCGCGCUCUUCCCCAUGACCGGCGGAUGGCCCGGGGGCCAAGCCUGCCUGCCCUCGGCCCAGAUGGCCCUCGACGACGUCAACAGCCGCAGGGACAUCCUGCCCGACUACGAGCUGCGCCUCGACCACCGCGACAGCGAGUGCGAACCAGGCGUGGCCACCAAAUUCCUCUACGAGCUCCUCUACAAUGACCCCAUCAAGAUCAUCCUCAUGCCAGGCUGCAGCAGCGUCUCAACCCUGGUGGCCGAAGCAGCACGCAUGUGGAACCUCAUUGUGCUGUCCUAUGGCUCCAGCUCUCCAGCCCUCUCCAACCGCCAGCGCUUCCCCACCUUCUUCCGCACGCACCCGUCAGCCACUCUGCACAACCCCACGCGCGUGCAGCUCUUCAAGAAGUGGAGCUGGACCAAGAUUGCCACCAUACAGCAGACCACAGAGGUGUUCACCUCGACCUUGGAUGACCUGGAAGAGCGAGUCAAAGAAGCCGGGAUCGAGAUCACUUUCCGCCAGAGCUUCUUCUCUGACCCUGCUGUGCCCGUCAAGAAUCUGAAGCGCCAAGAUGCCCGCAUCAUCGUUGGACUCUUUUAUGAGACGGAGGCGCGGAAGGUCUUCUGUGAGGUCUACAAGGAGCGCUUGUUUGGGAAGAAGUACGUCUGGUUCCUGAUUGGCUGGUACGCCGACAACUGGUUCCGCAUCAAGGAUGCGAAUAUUAACUGCACGGAGGAGGAGAUGAGGGAGGCCGUGGAGGGCCACAUCACCACCGAGAUCGUCAUGUUGAACCCAGAGAACACACGAAGCAUCUCCAACAUGACAUCACAGGAGUUCAUUGAGAAGCUGACGAAGCGGGUGGAAAAAUCCCCAGAGGAGACGGGAGGCUUCCAGGAAGCUCCGCUGGCCUAUGAUGCCGUCUGGGCCCUGGCACUAGCACUCAACAAGACCUCCACGGAGCUGGUGAAGAAGGGGCUGCGGCUGGAAGACUUCAAUUAUAACAACAGGACUAUCACAGAUGAGAUCUACCGAGCCCUCAACUCUUCAGCCUUUGAGGGAGUCUCUGGACAUGUGGUCUUUGAUGCCAGCGGCUCUCGGAUGGCCUGGACCCUCAUCGAACAGCUUCAGGAUGGCAUCUAUAAGAAGAUUGGGUAUUACGACAGCACCAAGGAUAAUCUCUCCUGGUACAACAAUGAAAAAUGGAUUGGCGGUGUCCCGCCAGCUGACUACACAAAGGUCAUCAUCACUUUCCGGUACCUCUCCCAGAAGCUCUUCAUUUCUGUCUCGGUGCUCUCCAGCGUGGGUAUCCUGUUGGCCAUCAUCUGCUUGGCCUUCAACAUCUACAACGGGCACGUCAGAUACAUCCAGAACUCGCAGCCGUACCUCAACAACAUGACAGCUGUGGGUUGCGCACUGGCGCAAGCGUCUGUCUUCCCCCUCGGGCUGGAUGGCCUCCACAUCAGCAAGGGCCUCUUCCCCUUCGUUUGCCAGGCUCGUCUUUGGCUCCUGGGCUUGGGCUUCAGCUUGGGCUACGGCAGCAUGUUCACCAAGAUCUGGUGGGUGCAUACUGUUUUCACCAAGAAGGAAGAGAAGAAAGAACGGCGGAAGACUCUGGAGCCCUGGAAACUCUAUGCCACGGUUGGGCUGCUUGUCGGGCUCGACUUCGUCAUCUUGGCCAUCUGGCAAAUUGUCAACCCACUGAAACGCACAACAGAGGAAUUCACCAAAGAGGAGCCCAAGAGUGACAUUGACGUGCUGAUCCUCCCUAAG